UGUACGGCGGAAUGCCGUGAACCUUUGUACAGGUGGGAUGUUUGCACAGUGUCCUGGAGGACGGUUGCAGCCUGGCGGGGGUGUUGCGAGCGCCAGGGUUAUGCACCAUAUGAAACAUUCAAGGCAGCUCUCAGUGUCGCUCCGUCCGGCGUCGGCUACAAACAUGUUUCCGCUGAGACGGUUGUGCCCCGUGUUAUUGCUCCUGGCCGGUGCCUCGCUGUCCUGCGACCCGGGACCACCGGCUUCAUCCAUGGACAUCACCGGCAUCGUGUGCAGGUUUACCGAGGAAGCCGCCCUGAUAUUCAACCAGGAGACCAGUGAUGUUAUCCAGACGACGUUACGGCACGCUUCGUUCCCCGAUAUGGCUGGAGAAAAAUCGAUUCUGAUUCUGGGCACCGUUUCAUAUGUUUUAAAGAAUUUGCAGAUAAUGAAUAUGUCUGUGGAAAGUAGUAAUGUGGAACUCAGUAAUGAAAAAGGAAUUCUAGUCUCUAUCCAGAAUGUGGCUGCUACCAUCAAGGGAACCAUGGACUAUGCAUACACCAACUGGCUGUUACUGCUAAAUCACUCACUGGAUUUUGAAGUUGAGUCCCAGACUGAUGUUGAUCUUGCCCUAACUUUAGCGUGUGACAAUGGGAGAAUAGAGGUGAUCAUCUCAGAUUGCCUGCUGAAUUUUGAUAAGCUAUCUCUGCAACUACAAAAACUGAGCAAGAUCAGCUGGAUUAAGCAACUGUUGACAGAUUUUGUUUCCUUCACUUUGAGACAUGUUCUUAAGGGACAGAUCUGUGCAGAAAUUCGUAAGAUGGCAAAUCUGCUGUCCGACUUCACUCUGAAACAAGCUGGAAUAUUUAUACAAGAUGGAGAGAUUUCCACAAGUACAGAAUUAAUUGGCGACCCAGUGAUUACCUCAGGAUAUGUUGAAUCACGGCACAAGGGUAGUGUGUUCUACAAGAACCUCUCAGUUUUCCAGAAGCCCAGUGUCAUCCCGGUUGAAAGGGAGGAGAUCAGAAUGUUCAAUGUGUGGGUUUCGGAACCAGUGAUCAACUCUCUCCUGUUUGCAGCAUAUCAUGAAGACCGCUUGACUCUGAAACUCAAGGACAAUGAUUUGCUGAAAGUAUUUGAAGAUGGAGAAUUUGAAAAUGAGCCAAAUAUUUUACAGCAGAUAUUUCCUGCUGUUCCAAUGAAUGAACUGAUACUCAAACUCACGCCUCUCAGGCCCCCCAGCGUUCUCUUCAGACGUAUUGGCACCAUUUUGGAGGGGUCUCUGUCUGUUGAGUUCGACGUUCUGCCUGACGGUAAAGAAUCCCACACGGCACUGUAUUUGGAAAUGGAUAUUGAAACCACUGUCCAAUCAUCUUAUGCAAACAGGAAAAUCCAACUGUGGCCCUCCUCAAAUCGCUGGAGCAUCAAAGCUAUAAAGCAUAAUCUGACCAUCACCUUGGAUGAGAAUAAAGCAAACUAUUAUUUGGAGAAUUUUUUCUCAAGUGGUGGAUUACAAAACAUCAUGUCCUAUGUGGAGUUUUAUAUAACAGCACUGCUCGACAAGAAAGGACUGCACUAUUUCAACGUCACCAACACUGUGCUGGAACCAAGCAAGGGCUACGUGAUCAUUGCAACUGACUUUCAUUUUCCACGUCAGCUGCUGGAAAAUUUCCUUCGAAACCUCACGUCAACCACAAAAUCCUAACCUCAGAGAAAGGCAGUGCGGACUCGACAUGAUGUGGAGUUGAUGGGACUUCGUAGUAACUUGAAAAGCAGAUCUGUCUUUGUACUGACAUGUUUAGCUGGGUUUCUUGAGCUGCUGAUUUACUGUGAUUAUUGUAUUGACUUGUAUAUAUGAAAAGAAUUUAAUCAAAUGCAGUAUCAAACAUGGCAGAUAGUUCCAAAUGAGAGUAUAAUGUGUUUGAUCUUUUAUGCUGAUUUGGUCACUUUAGUUUAAAUCCCUAGUAUUUUGUAGUCUACAACAUAAGCUUCCUGUUAAUAAUUGGCCUCUUGGAUAUAUUCCUCCUUAUCAAUAAUACUAUAUAUUUGAAUAUUUUUAUGGCUGAAUAAUAUUUUGAAUUCUACUUGAGUGGAGAAUGGGUGGCAAGUUUUCUGGGAAAUAGUGUCAUGUAUAGUCUGUAUACAGCAUGGCAUCAGCUCCUUCAACUUGUCCCCACGGACUAAGGGAACUUCCUGAAACUCCCAUUCACUUUCAUUUGGCCCAUCUCCUUCAAAGCUUUCCUGUCCACGAACCUAUCCAAGUGUUUUUCUUGGAUGAUGUAAUUGUACUAACCUCUGGCAGCUCAUUUCAUUCAACCAAAAACCUUGGAGAGAAAAGCUUAGCCCACAGGUCCCCUUUAAAUCUUUACCCUCUUACCUUAAAUAUCUGUGCCUUCUCGCUUUAGAAUUGCCUGCUCUGCAAAAUGAGUGUGACCACUCCCUUACCUAUGCUUUCCAUGAUUCUAUAAGGUCAUCUCCUAGCCUCCUUCACUCGAGAGAAAGCAGGGCUGGCCUGUCCAGUCUCUCCUUAUAACUCGAACCCUCCAGUCCCAGCAACAUCCUUGGGUUUCUUUUACACUCCCUCUCGCAUAAUGACACCCUUCUUAUAGUAUAGUGACCAGAACUGCACUCACUAUUCCAGAUGCAGUCUCAUGAAUGCCCUGUAAAGCUAUGAAGUGACAUCCCAGUGCUCCAUCAGAAGAAGACAAGUUUUCCAGUUUACUCCCACAGGUCUACCUGGGUCGCCCCUUUCAGAGUAUUAUGUAUGUAACCCUUGGUGUCUCCUUUCUAUGGCACUCCCAAGUGUGUCUCAUCUACUAUGCACAUCCGACCCUUAUUUAACUCCCAAAGUGUAUCACUUUGCACUUUGCUGAAUUAAAUACCAUCUAUCAUUCCUUUGACCACUCUCCCAGUUGCUCAAAAUCCUGGUGUAGCCUUAGAAAGCCUUCUCCAGCGUCCAAAUACGCACAUGAAAGAAAGCAGCCCCGUAUUAAAGCAAACUACUUUUAACAGUGAUACUGCUAGAUUGACUUUCCCACUUUCACUCCAAUGAACUUUUAUCUCCCAGCUUGCCAUGGUUGCAGCACAGGACUAGGCCCUUUGGCCCAUCGUGUUCAUGCUGACCCAUCCAUAUUAAUCCCACUUACCAGCACUGGUCUGUAGCAUUCUAUGGUUCAGGCUGAGUUUUGCUGCCAGAAAUCUCAACCAAUCAACCAUUUCAGUGAGUUGCAGCAGGUUCAUAGGACCAUCACAUUCAGCAGCAGAAUUAGGCUAUUUGGCCCAUUGAGUCUGCUCCACCUUUUCAUUUGAAGAAGUCAAUCUUGGACUUUCCAGUCAAAGCAGUAGUUUAGGAAAUAAUUGCCUCAGGUGAUAUCCUGCUGUAACUUCCUUUCCCAUUCUUUCCCAAACGCUUGGUCUAAUUACAGUAUAUUACAGCUCUCCAGCCCCUCUCCCAUUCCACACUGUUGUGUUUGAGAUGACAUUGGGAAUGUCAUCUGAGCAACGAUAAUGCUUAAUACAGAGACGUGCGAAGAGUUGUACAUGGGAUGGAAACCCGAGCCUCAUCCGUAUCUCCAUAAAGGAAAUGUUAAAGGUGAAACUGGAAAGUCUGACUAACCUUAACAAUUAACCAGGCAACAGAAGAACAUGGUAUGGAGACCUAUUACACCAACAACUCACAGAUGAUGUUAUAGUUGCACUUUAUGAUGCUGUGGCCAAGUUGCAACAAGAUGCUGUGCUAGAAUUAUGGGCAUUUUUGUCUGGGGUUUGACCUUUAGAUGUGUAGCCCUAAGCAUUUUGUGGCUAUGACCUGACCAGAUCAAACCAUUUGACAUGCAGAUGUUAAGUGUUCAGAAAAGAGGAAGUGUUUACACUUUGAAAGUCUCUUCAAUGAAAAUCAAUAAAAGUUUUUUUUUACUU